UCCGCUGAUCGGAUCAACUGGAACCCUCGACGUCGUAAGCGACGGAGUGCCAACAACAACAUUCGCCCAAACUGAAUUGCUGGAGUUAUUUUUCAUUUUUUCCAGAAAAAUGUUUUUAAACCUCUAUAACGUUUUAAAAACACUUUUCUAAAAAAAAAAAAAAAAUGAAAUAAAUCCAGCAAUUCAGGUUGGGCAAGUCGGAGUAAUCAGUGAACAUCGAAGGAUCAACACCAAGAAGGAAGAAAUAUUAUUUACAUAUAUUUAUUCGUUUGCCCAACAGGUAGUUAGAGAGACAGUAGUACUCGUUGUGAUAGCGAUUUUUUUUUUUCGAUAGUGAUAAAAAGGUUGUUGUCUGUCAGUAGAAAGGGAAAGAGUAAGGAAUGAAUGGUACUAACUAAAGAUAGCUCUGCUCUGAUUGGCUGUAUGCAAAUGAGUUCAUUACUGGGGUCCAGAACUCUCGUGGAAAAAAUUACGCUGCCGGGUGAAAAGUGAUGUUUCUUUUUGAAUCCGUGUGUGUUGUACUUAACGUAUUUAUAUUCUUGAAUGUGAUUAAGUGUAGAAUUAGAUUAUUAUCCUGCUUCCAGCUUCAGUGUUGCUACCAGGAUUUGUAAAAUAGGGCACAUCCCACCCCCGUUUAUUUUGUGAUUUACGGGAGAUUUUUGAAAAAUAAGGGGGAAUUCGCAGCGGUGUACAGUGAAAAAAUUGAACACACCACCCGGCAGUGGCGAAAAUACGAACCGAUCAAGAUUAUGCAUAAAUUUUCUUUUUAUAUGUUUGUUUCCUUCUACACAAUAUUAAAACAACGGCUAAAAAUUUUCUGAAGCAGCACCCCAACAAAUUUUACCUUUGAACCGCCACUGUAUUCGAGCAUGUUUAUGAUCAAAUGUAUUGCAGCUGUGACUACACUGCCUUUUAUAAUCAUACAAAAGCCCAAGGAUACGAACGUCAACGUGUCCUUUUUCUAUUUUAAGAUUGUAUGCUGCAGUUUCUCACUGAAUUGCUUACUACCUACAGCAAACAUAGUUGUAUUAUAUUCCAUUGUUCUGGUUCGUGAUUGUAUUUACAAUUGGGCUUACGAUCGGAAUGAGAAGGGUUACCAACAAAACAAAUAAGUUUCAAAUUUGUAGUCUUCCAAUAUCUAUCAAGUCUUAUAAACCUGUUUGGUUGUCUAUGAAUCGAUGAAACUACUUGUUAACUCACUUCAUGUAGUAUUUAUCAUACUUGCUGCUUUGCUAACUAUGAAUAUAUUAGGAUCAGUGUUUGCUCCAAUUCCUUUUGAAAGACGUAUACAGACAGCUUUUGCCUUUCUAUGGACACUGGGUUUCAUAUGUUUGGGUUUUGGAAGUCUUGCCAUCUUCAUCUACCUCUUGUUCACUAAAUAUUAUUUCAUACCUCUGGCUUAUUUAAUAUGGUACAUCUAUGACAUCAACACAUGUGAACAAGGAGGCCGUCGUCUUCUGUGGCAAUUUAACAAUCCCAUUUGGAAAUACUUUGCUGAUUACUUUCCUAUAAAGCUCAUCAAGACAGCAGAGCUUGAUCCAUCCAAGAACUAUAUAGUUGGUUACCAUCCUCAUGGAGUUAUGAGCACUGGUGCUUUUUCAAACUUUGCAACGAAUGCAACGGGCUUCAACCAAAUGUUCCCAAAUAUGCAUCAAUAUUUGUGCAUAUUAAUAGGACAGUUUCGCUUUCCAUUCUACAGAGAUUUUCUGAUGACUACUGGUGAGUACCUUUACUAUUUUUUCUCUUUUAUUUUUUUUGUGAUGCAUCAGAGAAUUGAAAAAAUCCAUGUUAAAUCCUUAUAA